AUGGCGACCGACGGCCACUCUACAGCCGCUGGUCAGGCGACCCCAGACCAAAGCCAUCACUUGCCAACACACCAAAUCGUCUACAUCAACAAAGACUCGGCAUCCGGGGGACGAUAUAAUAUUUUCAGUAUCACUGAGGACCUUAAUAACGAGGAAAAGCCAUUUAAUCUCACCAAAAGCCAAGUUGAACAUGUUCCACAACCUCUACUUGCCGAGUUCCUUCAAGAUGGUCCACCAGAUUACCUGCGCGAUGCAGCGGACAAAAAGGUCCAUGUUGUAGUGUCUACCGGUUCAGGGACUGGCCUCGCGUCAAAGUUUUACAAUUUCGUGCUGCGACCUCUACUGCAAGAAUUAGGUCUGUCAGAAAGACAAUCGGCCGGCUCGGAGAAUGGCAGCCCCUACGCCCUGCUCAUUACGCAAGACGCACAGAGCAUCCAGAGGUUUGCACGAGAUCUAAACAUAUCUAGCAAGGUCAGCGACGGGUCUUUGAGAUUGCAACACACCGUUAUCCUGUUGAGUGGCGAUGGCGGUGCUAUCGAGCUGCUGAACGGCAAGGCUCCGGGUGACGAUGACGGUGAACGAAUCGAGUCACCGUCACAUGCCUCGCUGCCUCUGGUCGCCAUGCUGCCGCUCGGGACCGGCAACGGGCUAUUUCACUCGGUGCACAAGCCGCUGUACGCUGAGACCGGCGACAAAGGACCCUCGUCUCUCGUUCUUGGCCUCCGCACCCUGCUGCGCGGCCAAGCACGGCCGCUGCCGUCGUUCAAGGUCGACUUUUCGGCCGGCUCGCGAACUAUCGUGUACAAGGCAUCAGGGGCCAUCGCCGGUACGGAUGGAGGGGCUGCCUCUGAAGAAGUUGAGAUCAAGGAGGAGUCCGACACGGUCUCGCACCUUUACGGCGCCAUUGUUGCGUCGUACGGCUUCCACUCUCAGCUGGUCUGGGAAAGUGACACGCCCGAGUAUCGCAAGCACGGGAGCAAGCGCUUCCAGAUGGUGGCAGCUGAGCUGCUCAAGGAAAACCAUGCGUAUAGCGCCUCGGUCGAGUUGACAGUGGCGGACGGCACUACGCGGACAAAGAUUGACCGGCAAAAGCACGCUUACAUCUUGUCGACGCCGCUGUCGGACCUCGAAAAGACCUUUACCAUAUCGCCUGCGAGCAAACCCCUCGAUGGCGUGCUGAGACUGGUGCAUUUUGGCCCUACAUCACCGGAAAAGACCAUGGAGAUUAUGAUGGCGGCCUACAACAAUGGCAGUCAUGUGGGCAUGACGUGGGAAGCAGAUGAUGGCAAGACCGAGCAGAUCGGCUACGAUGCCAUCCACCAAGUCAGGGUCACAACCCAGGAAGAGAACCCGCGUUGGAGAAAGGUGUGCAUCGACGGCACCAUUGUCGAGAUUCCUCAGGGCGGUACAAUGACUGUGACCAAGGAGGAGAGGCCUCAUUUGCGACUAUUGGUUCAUCCAUCUAUUGUGGGGUGA